GAGCAGCAGCCGCGGCAGCAGCAGCGGCAGGAGGACUGCGUCGUUUUGUUGUCUGCGCCUGGCGUUCCUGCAGCUCGGGCGGCGCGGGGCUGGGGAGUCCGGGGUUCGGGACCCGGGGACCCGGGGACGCCACCGCCCGCGCCCAGGACCCGAUCUCGCGGGCCCCAUGGAAAGUUUGAUGAAUGGGGCGAGCUAAGCCGGCCCGUGCCGCGGCCCCCCAUCCCCGGCCCCGCCAGCCGGCGCCGGCUCGGACACCCCCCGAAAGCCGGGGGGACCCUCCUCGGGAUCCCGGCCGCCGCCGCGGGGCCCCGGCCGCGGCGUCCAACUUUUAGACGGGAAGGACCGCUCGGGGGCCGGGCCCGGACCCGCUCCGAAGACGAGCGCACUUGAUUCUUUGCCCCGUUUCCCCCCCAUUAUCCGGGAGAGGGCGAAGGUGGAGGGCGGGCCGGGGCAGCCGGCGGGGGGCAGGCGGCGCGGCUCGGGCGCUGAAGAACGGCGCUGCUGGCGCCCAGGGGCGUGCGGAGGAGGCGGUAAACACGCCCGCACCCGCGCUCGCGGCGGCUCGGACACAGGCGGACUCCCGCGCACCCAGCGCCGGCCAUCCUUCGGCGAGACCUGUUUAAUAAUAAAGCCCGGAGGGACGGAGCGCGCCCGGGCUGCGCGGAGCAGGAGCAGCUCAGGCCUUGGUCCCUGAAGGAGCCGGCGGUGGCCCGGAGCCCAGUGACAGGGUCUUGGUGCUCAUAACAGCCAGGAGGGGACCCGGGCCUGAGCGUGGCCACCCGCCCAGUGAGGCCGCAGCCUCCCGAGGAUGGGCCGGGACUGAAUCCCUGAGGCAGAGCCUUCUAGUGCCCAGCCAGAAGUUCCCUGGACUGAAGGCCGGCGGAGGGAAAUCGUUGAUUCUCCAGCGUCCCCUAGGAGGGGAAAGUAAAUUGGGAAGCCGCUGUCCUGCUCUCUCUAGCCCGGCGGGCCAUGGUCUGCCAGGGCUAGCCCUCUGUCCUCUCUCGCCUCCUUCUUAGCCGCGUCCCAGCGCCAUGGACGACUACGACAUCCGAUCGGCCGCCAGCAUCCUGGCCUCGGUCAAGGAGCAGGAGGCGCGCUUUGAGCGCCUGACGCGGGCCCUGGAGGAGGAGCGGCGGAACGUGUCCCUGCAGCUGGAGCGGGCGCACCAGCCCUGCGAGCAGCCUCGGGCCAGCACGUGCGCCAUUGGCAACGGGCAGCCGCUGGCGACGGCCUGGCAGCAGCUGGUGCUGCAGGAACAAAGUCCAGGCAACCAGACGUCCCUGGCAAUGAUGCAGGAGCCCCAGGAGAUGGUGGAGGAGACGGUGACCGUGGAGGAAGAUCCCGGCACGCCCACGUCGCACGUGUCCAUCGUCACGUCCGAGGAUGGGACCACCAGGAGGACGGAGACCAAGGUCACCAAGAUGGUGAAGACGGUGACCACGAGGACGGUGCGCCAGGUUCCGCUGGGCCCCGACGGGCUCCCGCUCCUGGACGGCUCGCCCCCCCUGGGCAGCUACACCGACUCCAUCGACCGGCGGUACCUGAAGAACGGCGAGCGCUUCCUCCCGCCCCAGGCCUCCUCCACCCUGACCCGCUCCUACAACAGCUACGGCGAGGGCCCCGACGGGCCCUACCGCCCCUUCCACGCCCACGACGCCAGCGCCGGCUACGGGGGCGCCGAGCUGCCCGACGGCUACGGCAGCCUGUCCCGCGGGGUGGGCUACCGGCCCCGCUACGCCUACGUCCCCGGGGGCGGCUACCGGCCCGAGGAGGGGAGCUACACCCUGCCCGGCCGCAGGGAGGCCUACGGGCCGCCCGGGGCCCAGCCCCAGGCGCCCCCCGUGGGCAGCGGCCCCGACCUCGCCGGGGGCGGCCGCUCCCAGCCCGAGAGGUUCCAGCCCGAGCCCUACGGGCUGGAGGACGACAACAGGAGCCUGGGCGUGGACGACGAGGGCUACGAGCUGGACCCGGACUACUCCACUGUGAACCGGCGGCUGCCCGUGGGGGUCCCCGAGAGAGGCCGGCCGCACAAGGGCAGAGCCUACGAGGAGCCAUCCGAAAGCGAGAUGAUCGACGAGCGGAUCCCCUACGUCCACGGCGGCUACGCCGCCCCACUGGCGCAGCCCGAGAGGGGCAGCAUGGCCAGCAUCGACCGCCUGGGCAAGCGUUCCCCCUCCAUCGACAGCAUCCGCAAGGACCCUCGGUGGCGGGACCCGGACCUGCCGGAGGUGAUCGCCAUGCUCAGCCACCCCAUCGACCCCGUCAAGUCCAACGCGGCCGCCUACCUGCAGCACCUGUGCUACGAGAACGACAAGAUCAAGAAGGACGUGCGCCACCUGAAGGGCAUCGCCAUCCUGGUGGGGCUGCUGGACCACCCCAAGGCCGAGGUGCACCGGCGCGCCUGCGGCGCCCUGCGCAACAUCUCCUACGGCCGCGACCACGAGAACAAGGUGGCCAUCAAAGGCUGCGACGGCAUCCCCGCCCUCAUCCGCCUCCUGCGCAAGACCAACGACAUGGAGGUGCGGGAGCUCAUCACCGGGACCCUGUGGAACUUGUCUUCCUACGAGCCCCUCAAAAUGGUCAUCAUCAACCAUGGCCUGCAGACCCUGACCAACGAGGUGAUCGUCCCCCACUCAGGCUGGGAGAGCGAGCCCAACGAGGACUCCAAGCCCAGAGAUGCCGAGUGGACCACGGUCUUCAAGAACACUUCAGGGUGCCUCAGGUAAGGCCGGAGGGGGCCCCUCCGGCACAGCCUGCGUGUGCCGCCUUCCACCCCCGCGGCCCCCACUUCCUCCCCCGGCCUGAGGGUCAUACCCCGAACCCACCGUGUCUUUGGCAUCGUUGGCCGUCAUGGCUCCCCAGCCAUCAUCCACUCCCAGGCCUUCAUUCAUCUCGACCUUACCCAGCAGGCACCUCAUGCCUUGGGGCGAGGGCCAGGUUUCCGGGUGGUGAGCGGGAUGUUCCUCUCAGCCUCCCGAGGGCGGCCCCUGCCCCUGGGCCCACCCUGGCCGGGCCUCCGAGGAGGGAGCAUGUGCGAUGGAAAGAGCCGGGCUGGCCUUCGAGCGUGGCCUCGUGCUGGGCCCUGCUGCCCAAGCUCUUGGGCAGAGGGAGCUGGUGCUGCUGCGGUGCUGCAAGGACAGGAUUUAAGGCCGGCCCAGCCCUUUGGAGCAUCAGGGUCAGAAAAUACCUUGUCACGAGACCUGAGGGAAAAGGGCAAUGUCCCCUCACUGCUGCCCGGGGGCCCUGGGGAACUGCCCAGGGCCACAGCCUGGUGCUCGGGGCACUCGGGUCCUUGGAAUGGGCAGUCGGGCACAGGGGCCGUACCCUUCCCUGGCCCAGGGAACCUCGCCUUGGAGUGGAUUAAAGCCAGACAGCCGUCGGCUUCCCAGAGGCCCGGUGGGGUGACCAGAAUCCCUUGCUCUCCCCAGGGCUGGCUCAGAUGGGGGGCCCAAAAGGGGCCUCGGGAGUGUGACGGGCUGGUGGAUGCUCUUCUUCACGCCCUGCAGUCCGCCAUCGGCAAGAAAGAUACCGACAACAAGGUGAUGAUGCCAUGCAACUUGGGGCUCGUGGGGGGCCAGGGUGACCGCCCGACCGCAGGGCUCCUUUGGGUCAGGGGUCUCUACAGGGAAGAGGACAGGAAAUCCAGUAGAGAUCAGUCGAUCAGUCGCCAUCCAUUUAUUAAGCACCUACUGUGUGCAAGCAUCAGGGAAACCAAAAAAGGCAAAACUGUCACCCCUGGCCUCCAGAGGUACCCGGGAAGGGGUGGGACUGAUGGCCUUGAGCCUCCCCUAGGCAUCCGCCUUGGUCCUGAGAGCAGGGUUCUUGUAUUCCUGUACGGGAUUCAGCAGAACCAAGAGCGAAAGGGGAACGUUGGGAGGAGGUUCCGGGGCCUGACAAGUACCCAGGGCCCGGCCGGCCGCCAGCCGGGGCGCCCCAGGAAGAAGGACGACGCCAGCUGUUUCGGGAGCAAGAAAGCCAAAGAGGAUUGGUUCAGUCAAGGAAAAAAGAACGGAGGCGUGGACAGGAACUUCGACACCCUCGACUUGCCCAAGAGAUCGGAGUCUGCUAAAGGCUUCGAGCUGCUCUACCAGCCGGAGGUGGUCCGUCUCUACCUGUCCAUCCUCACCGAGAGCCAGAACUUCAACACCCUGGAGGCCGCGGCGGGGGCGCUGCAGAACCUGAGCGCGGGCACCUGGAUGCCUCCAGCUGGGCGCGGUGGGUGGGGCAGGCCCGGUCCGGCUGCGUGUGGGCGGGGCCACUCCCAGGGGGCGGGCCCCACGUGGGCUCCGUGUGUGGCCCCGUGGGGGGGGUCUGCGCCUCCCCCGGCCCGCCCCCGGCUCUGCAGCCAGGAGUGCGACGUUGCCGUCGGCGCCGGGGCAGGGGCAGCUUUCGGGGGCUCCCGGGAGGGCCCCCUUCGCCCCCCCCGCCCCCGCCCCUCCCUGACCCGGAGCCCGUGGAAGGGGUUAACGGCGCGGGCCCCCGCAGGGAGCUACGCCAUGGCCGAGCUGGUGCGGAACCUGCCGAGCCGGCAGCAGCGCACGGCCAAAAACCUCGAGGAGGACACGGUGGUCGCCGUGCUGAACACCAUCCACGAGAUCAUCACGGACAGCGCCGAGAACGCCCGCUCGCUGGUGCAGACGCAGGGCAUCCAGAAGCUGGUGGGCAUCGGCAAGUCGAGCCCGUCCAUGCGGGAGACGAAGGCGGCGUCCCACGUCCUGCAGAUGGUCUGGAGCUACAAGGAGCUGCGGGGGGCCCUGCAGAAGGACGGCUGGAACAAGGCCCACUUCCAGUCGGCGGCUUCCACCCCCCCCAAGGGCUCCAAAGGGACUUCGGGCAAGCCCAGCUACGACGACAGCACGCUGCCUCUAGUGGAAAAGACCCACGAUGAGAGGUGUGGGAGCCGCGAUAUGAUCCCCAUGGAUGAACUCGGCCCAGAUGGCUACUCCACCAUCGACCAUCGGGAGCGGAAGUACCGCGCUGGGGACCCUGCGGGCGACGCCUCUGAGAAGGAGCCUUUGAAAACAGACCCGGCUAGAAAGCCCCCCCACAGGAGUAACCGGGCCUCGGUGAAUCUGGUGGACAGCCGGGACCCCAAGCCACCGCCCGUUGACUCCUGGGUCUAGCUUGCAUGCCUGGGCUAGAGUCCGCCACUUGUUUGGGGGUUUCCCAAUUGUUUUUAAAUCCGAAGAGCAUCGAUCACCCCGAGGAUUUCAUUUAUCGCCACUGCCAUCACCUUUGGAGGACUCGGGACCAGCCCCACAUCUGGAUUGGGCGGGGGGGGGGGGCUCGGGAGGGGGCGGAGGACCCGCCUUCGGCGCCCCUCCCCCAGAGCCCCCAGCCUCAUCCCCCAGGAGUCCCCUUCCCCGGCCCGAGCCCCUCCCCGUCGGGUCCCCUCCGGACCCCUCCCCCGGCCCCGGCCCUUCCUUAAGCGUUCCCCUGCCCGGGGCUGGGGGCGGGGCCCGGGGCCCGGGGCGGGCCUAGCGUUAGUCACAGAUAGCACUUUGCUUUGCCUCUGAACUGUGAAUUUAAUAUUUUUUCCUUUAAAAUGAAGAGUUUAUUUAGCUUUUGGACUAACA